UCGAGAGGCACCAAAGAGAGAGGAGAGACGAGUGGGAUCCACAAGGUGAGAAAGACACGCACCAAGAAGGAGUAAGAGAGAGAGAGAGAGAGAGAGAGAAUUUAGUUUCCCUGACUCCACUCAACCUCCAGGAUGUUUAAGAAAAAGGAGAGCAAGGAUGGUACGCUCAAGUCCACGGCCAAGACGAGCAAGUCCCAGCCCAGCCCCUUGGCCGUGCUGGUCAUCCAGAUGCAAAAGGAUGCCGACACAGUGGAGAAAGACUUGCUCAAGUCUGAGGAACUGCUGGCUGUGGAAAUUGAGAAUGACAAGAAAGACCUGCCCCACCAGCAUCAGGUUGAGUUAUCCAACAGGCUGGGUGAGGUUGAGGGCUUGUUGAAUAAGCUCUUCCUGGACCUCGACAAAGCCAAGAAGGCCCAUCAUCCUCAGGCCAGAGAGAUGGAGAGCGAUGUCCUGCUGCUCCACGAGCGCUGGUUGAAGGACUCUGGCAUCUACCGAGACAUCUUUGAGCAGGUGGAAGACGUGUCGCGGAUGCCCAGAAUCGACUGGGGGCCCGUUUUCAAUGAGAAGCAAAAACUGGUGAACGUGGAGGAGUACGGCCCCAGCAUGGCAGACCUGGAGAAGCAGGUUGCCGCCCACAACAUCCUGCACAAAGAGGUGGAGGCCUACAACUCCCAGCUCUGCGUCAGCUCGGCAGGCAGCAAGGAGAAAUAUGAGGAGCUGAAAAAGCAGUACACCAAUCUACUGGAAAACUCCAAGUGGCGCCGUCACUACCUGAACAGCCUGUACGAAUAUAUGAACGGCUGCAACAAAGAACUGGUGUUCCUUGGAGAAGAGCAAGAUAAGAUCAAAAAGCAGGACUGGAGUGACCGCAUGGUGGACCCACCUGAUGUCCGAAGGCAGUACGAGAACUUCAAGAACAACAGCCUGCUGUCCCACGAGAGCAAGGUGAACCAACUGCAGGACGAUGGAGAAAGACUCAUUGGACUGAAGCACCCAGCCAGCGACACUAUACAAGCUCAGAAAGACGGCGUUCGAAACGAGUGGCAGAAAUUCCUCAAUCUCUGCAUUUGUCAAGAGACACACUUGGAUAGUGUGGAGGAAUACAAAAGGUACCAAAUGGAGACUGAGCAGCUUUCAGAGACGCUGUCCAAACUCAACAAGAGCCUGGACCCCAACACCAUCAGCAAAAAAAGCACAGCAGAGACAUUGAUGCUGCUCCAGGCCGAGGAGAACGUGGUACAGAACAGUGAGCAACAGCUGGCCGACCUGAGGAGACGCAGCACAACCAUCGCUCCGCUGAAGCUCCGACGCAACACCCCCAACCGAUCCAUCACAGUGGAAUCCCUGUGUGACUGGGAGACGGAGAAGGAUACUUUGGAAAGAGGCGAGAAGUUCUCCUUGAAAUCUAACUCGGACGUAAACUGGGCCGUGACCUCCAGUGACGGGGUCACAAAAACCUUCCCUGGGGUUUGCUUCCAGAUUCCGCCUCCUGAUCCAGAGGCCAUCGACAAAGUAGACUUGUUGGGCAGUGAACUGACAGACAUCAAGAAGAGGAGAGCUACUCUGGCGGCAUCGCUGAAGAAUCACAAAUACGAGGCCUCCAAGUCCCAAAAAUCAGCCCCAGUGUCCGCUGCCCCGCUGGAUCCCAAAGUGAAGGCGCUGUCUCAGCAGCUGGACAAGCUGGACGGUGACCUGACCAGCGCUGAGGAGAGCAUGCUGAGUCGCCUGCGAGCCCCGCUGAGCCGCGCCGACCCGGCCGGAGAUCUGGCCAAGAGGCUGCGGGAACAAGAGGAAGCCGCCAGGGUCCUGAAGGCUCUGGAGCAGCAGAAGCAGGCAGCGGAGGCCGACAUGCGACCCCUGCUGUCCAAAGACGCCAACGGUACCUCCACCCAACUGCCACUGAAGCUGAGCGAUGCCAACAACAAGCAUAACAGCAUCACAGCACUCGCAGACCUCUACACCAAGAAAGCUAAGGCUUCCCUGGAGCUGGAGAGUCAGAUUAAGCGGACGGACGGCCUGGUCUCUGGAUUUGAGAAAAGGCUGAGUGCCGAUGGUCCAAUCCCCGAUGUGCCAAGUGUAAUCCGAGCCCGCACCGAGGACAUUCGGGACCAGCGAAAAUCUGUGGCGGCGGCUCAGGACGACAUGAAGAAGCUAAGCAAGGAUCUGGAGACCACGGAGCAGCUGUGCAGCUCUCUGCAGCAGGGCUACCAGGAGUACUGCCCUGACAUCCAGCGCCAGAGGACAGAGGUCAAGAAGCUGCAGUCCCGCUACGCCAACGUGGACAUCCAGCUGAAGGAGAGAGAAAACAUCUUACAAGAAGCUGGACCCAAGAACCAAGAGUUUCAAAGUACAUCCAAAUCCGUGAAGUCUUUCCUGGAAAACCUGCCCCAGAACACAAUAGACUCCAAUGACAGUCUGUCUCAGGUCACUGCCAAGGAGAACUCACAAAAGAGGGUUACGGACGACCUGAAGAGAAAGGGAGAUGACAUCGACAGAGUGACUGACCUGUCUCAAGACCUGCAGAGUCUCCUCAAUGAUUACGAGCUCAACGUUAACAAAUACAACAGUACACUUAAGGAUGGAGCCACGGUUGCCAAGAAACCUGGUACCAUCACACUGGCUGAUUCUGUUCAAAAACAGGAAAGGGAUCUGGUCAACCAAUACGCUGAGGCAACAGCAGAAAACACCCAACGCCAAAAACAGAUGGGGUUGGCAAAGAAUCUCAUUGUACAAAAUGAAGAGAAAGUCCAACUGGUGGCCCAUCAACAAGUGCAGCUUGAAAGCCAGCAAAAGAGUGCUUUUGAUCUGGGCAGUGUGUCUAAAGAGCUGGACGAAGAGAAGGAGAGGAAAGCUCACGCCGAGGCAGACCUGAGAACCUUCAAAGACCGGUUGACUUCGCUGAAGAGUCGCAGAGGAGUUGAGCGUGUUGAGGAAAAAGAAGUCCUGCAGUACUACCGUGACCCAAAACUUGAAAAGGAUUUGUCUGACCUUCAGAAAACACUGCGUGAAGAGUCCUCCAGACGUAGCACCAUCCAUUCUGAGGUUGAGGUGUUCAACAAGAAAAUUGUCAUCGUGGAGGAAAGCCUCAAGAACACGCCAUCCAAACUGUUGACCAGAGAGGUGACAGAGUUUGAGAGAGAUCCUCAGCUGGACGUAGAUGCCGCUAAGAUGAGAGACGAGAUAGCGAGGAUGAGAGAUGAAGUUCGAGUGACCGAGGGGGAACACAUUCAGAUGAAGACAGAAGUCACGAUUCUGCAGCAGAAGAAACCAACCAUCAAGGAGAAGGUGGUUAAGAAGGAAGUGCUGAAAGUGGAACAGGACCCGCAGAUGCUGAAAGCGGUGCGGACAUUUGAGAUGGAAAUUUCUGAGGAAAACAACAAGAUGAAGCUCAUUAAUGAUGAAAUCUUCCAGACGAGGAGCCAGAUCAAUGCACUGGAGAGACUGAUUCCUAAUAUCAAACCAAAGGUCAUCACCAAGGAACUGAAAACAAUUGAGCAAGACCCCGAGCUCAUCAUUGAAUCCAAGCGCCUUGAAGCAAGCUUGGAGGAAGAGAGGGUUGCAAACAACUCCUUAUUCAAAGAGGUGACAGAGCUCCACAAUCGCUUCCAAGAAGUUCAAGGCUGGAAGACAAAAGUUGAGACGAAGGAAAUCGUCAAUGAGAUCUACCGCAUAGACCCCAGCACGGAGGUGGAGAUAAUGCGGCUCAGGAAGGACCUGCAAGACUUGAGCAAGCAGCGCUCCGAUCUGGAGAGAGAGAUCACCCAGAUUACCACCGAUGUGACUAUCCUCCGCUCUCAGAAGCCCAAGAUAGAGACGAAGGAAGUUCUCCAAGAGGUGGUGAAGGAGGAAAGGAGCCCGGAAAACGAGAGAGAGAUACAGAAGCUAAAUGAUCAGGUGAACCAUUUGCACACCACCUACAACUCCCUCCUGGACCAGGUGACACUUCUCAGACAAGAUAGAGAUCAAUGGAAGACUGAGAAGUCCAAGAUUGAGACAAAGGUCCUAACCAGAGAGGUCAUCAAGUAUGAACAGGAUCCUCUGUUGGAAAAAGAAGCUGACCGCUUGAGACGCGUUGUGCGGGAAGAGGCGCAGCUGCGUCGCAACACUGAAGAGAUGGUGUUUGACCUGCAAAACAAAUACAUCCUGUUGGAGAGGCAGAGGCCUGAAGAGAAAGUGGUGGUGCAGGAGGUUUUGCGUUUACAGAAGGACCCCAGGCAGCAGUUUGAGCACGAGAAGCUCGGCAGGAACCUGGAUGAAGAACUAAAGGCCCGCCGUCAACUAGAUCUGGAGUUGCAGCAGCUAAGAACAAAAGUGGAAGACACAGAAAGGAUCCUCAGGGAGAGCACUGAGCACCAAAAGAGGGUUCAAGCCGAGUCUGAGCUCAGAGAGAUCCGUCUACGCAUCACACAGCUGGAAAAUGCCCCGCCUCCCGUUGAGGAAAGUAUCGUUGUCGAGGAGGUACUGAAGGUCGAAAGAGACCCGAAAUUGGAGAGGUUGACAUCGGGCAUUCGGUCAGACAUGGACAAGGAAACCAGCGACAUUCUGCGUUGCCAGAGAGAAAUCCGUAACAUUACCCUGAGGCUUGAGAUCCUGCAGAGGGAGAAGUCAGGCGAGAAGACCGUGUACAAAGAGAUUGUACGCGUGGAGAAAGACCAGGUCGUCGAAGCCGAGAGGGACCGCCUGAGGGUGCAGGCGUCUCAGCAAAGAUUCUCCAGACAGGACACAGAGGUUCAAAUCAAACGUCUCACUGACAAAAUCAACUUUCUGAUGAGCAACAAAUCCAGCUCCUCCAGAGAGGAGACGGCCCUGAUUUUGCAAAGAGAUGAAGCACAGAGGGAGAAGGACAACCUUACCCGGGAGCUCAGGACACUCGAGGCCUCGAAACACGACAUCGGCCUGUCUUUCCAGCAGCAGAGCAGGCUGAUGAGCGAGAGAACCCAGAUGAGCAGGAAGAAAAGCAUAAUGAUGGGCUCCGACACUCAGCGCCUGGAGAGGGAGAUCCUGGACGAGAAAGACAAGAUCCAUCAGCGAGACAGCCUCAUCCGGGACCUUCUGCAGAAUGUGCAGAAAGAGGAGCAAGCGGAGACAAGGACCAAAGAGACCAACGUCUCCACCAAAAUCACCAUUCUGGACCCAGAAACAGGCAAAGACAUGUCCCCGUACGAUGCCUACACGCAGGGCCUGAUUGAUCGUCAACAGUACGUUCAUCUGCAGGAGCUUGAGUGCGACUGGGAGGAGAUCACUUCCCUGGGACCCGAUGGGGAGACGUCUGUACUGCAGGAUCGCAAGAGCGGAAAGCAGUACUCCAUCAAAGACGCCCUGAGGGGGGGCCGGCUGACAGAAAAAGAACUGCAACAGUACAAAACGGGCAAGAUUCCCAUCUCAGAGUUUGCCCUGCUGGUCGCAGGGGACAAUAAGAAGCAACCGGAGAUGAACUCGAUCCGCAUGUCCAGCACAAACACACUCAACUCAACCCCCACUGCCAAAAAAGUCUUCCCAGUUGCCGGGAUAAUGGAUGCAAACACUGAAACCUGCUACACAAUACGCAACGCCACCAUGAACAAACUGAUCGACCCGAACACCGCCCAAAAGCUCUUGGAGGCUCAGGCAUCAACAGGCGGAAUCAUCGACAUCAGCAACAGUCAGCGUUACACCGUUAACAAGGCAGCAGCCAGAGGCCUCAUCGAGGACAGUCAUCUCCAGAGGCUGCUUAAUGCACAAAAGGCCUUCACUGGCGUUGAAGACCCCAUGACCAAAGAGCGCUUGUCUGUAGGAGAAGCUGUUCAGAAGGGCUGGAUGCCCAAGGACACCGCCAUUCACUACAUGGAGGCGCAGCACCUGACGGGAGGGCUGAUCAAUCCCAACAGCGGCCAACGGGUGAGCAUCUUUGACGCCAUGGGGUCCAAAAUGAUCGACGGCACGAUGAUGAGGGAGCUGCAGUCCGAGUCGACCUACCCCAAGGAUAUUGUAGACCCCGUCACAAACGAGAAGAUCAGCUACAAACAAGCUCUGGAUCGCUGUAAGAAAGACCCCGUGUCAGGCUUACCAAUGCUGCCUGCCUCCUCCAAAGAGUCUGGUUACUUCUCUAAUAGAUACGCAAAAUUCUAGACAUGUUUACAACAUAGUUAUCCGGUCUGCUGAUUCGUGUGGUAAAAAAUUCCAUCCACACAUAAAUGUAAAUGUACAUUUUGCCUCAGGAAAAGUCUUCUACUGCUUUCUGUCCCCAAAAUGAUUGCUGCUGUGUUGCUCUUGUUUACCAAACAUGUCGGAGUGGGCAUAUGUUUUUUUGAUUUAAUAUAAAACCAGAAUAUAAAUGCUGUGUAUCUUUCAUGUUAUUGUUUUAUUAGGGACACUGGGAAAAGGUGCAAUGCUAUUUACAAAGAGUGAUUUUAUUCUGUAUUACUCAUGGGCUGUCCUUGAAACUGUUGACUUUAAACUCAAUCUUGAUUCUCACUUUCACAGCUGUGAAGUCUUUUUUCAAUAAAACAAAUACCCAUCUCAACAUUUA